AUGAGUUCAAACAUUAAAAGAGUUAGAGCUCAAGUUGGCUUAGAUGAAAUAAAUUCAUAUAUGGACAAUUUAAGUGAUGUUUUAAAAGAUAUACCACCAUCUAGAAUUUGGAACUACGAUGAAACUAAUCUUAGCGAUGAUCCGGGAAAUAAAAAAGUAAUAUGUAAGAGAGGAAUGAAAUAUGUUGAAAAAAUUUGUAAUUUUAGCAAAAGUUCAACUUCAGUUAUGUUUUGUGGCAAUGCGGAGAGUAAAUGCCUUCCACCUUAUGUGGUUUAUAAGGCUGAAAAUAUGUGGACAACUUGGACAGAAGGGGGGCCAGAACAUGCACGAUAUAACCGUACUAAAAGUGGUUGGUUUGACUCAAUGACUUUCGAAGAUUGGUUUGAGUUCAGUUUCUUGAAAGAAGUAAAACAUGAAAAGGCACCAACUGUUUUAAUAGGCGAUAAUCUUUCUUCACAUAUUAAUGUUAGAGUUCUUGAACUCUGUGAACAAAAUAAUAUUAAGUUUGUGUGUUUACCCCCAAAUACCACUCAUAUCACCCAGCCACUAGAUGUUACCUUUUUCGGUCCCAUGAAAAAAAUAUGGAGAAGUAUCUUAACAACAUAG